UCCUCUCAUUGCGGAAAUAGACCAAACACACGCAAACACAAAAUGGGUGCGUCGUUGGACACCCCGGCCAGGUGUCCCCUGUGCAACGAGCUGACCCGGGACCCCGUCACCCUGAAGUGUAACCACCGCUUCUGCCAGCGCUGUAUCGGGGACUUGUGGAGUGUGAGUCCGAACGGUCCGUACCACUGCCCGGAGUGGAGGUGUAAGACCUCCUACCAGACCCUGCCGUUUGACAACACUUGGAUCCGGCGGCCCGCCAGCAGCAGACGGCCUCCGCAGCCCCCCAGAGCAGAUAAUUUGAGGAACGAUGAACAAAACAGUCUCGACUCCACCUUGAGGAGGCCCUCUCUCACCAGCCGGCUCCUGGGAAAGAGAAAGGCCAGCACACCUGUACCAGAGCAACCCGACUCAAAGCGAUCCAGUCUGCAGUCUCCCGCUGACUCGGAGACUCCCAGCACUUCUUUGUCAGAAGGUGUGAAGACAGCCAAAGAUGCGGUGUGCCCAGAGACUCCUCAGUCUGAGUGUGAUGACGGUGCCUCCACCAGUGACAACUCUGACAGCAAUACUGUACCUGCAAGUGAUGUGCAACAAGACACGUCGAUCCAGCAGAGUGAGCAUAAAUCAGAAGACGAUGUCAAAUUGGAUGACUCCGACAGCUCAGAUGAAGUGGAUCUGUGUGAUGCAUCUCUUCUUACAACCCCCAAGAAAGACACACAAGUGACACAAACCCAUGCGUCACCAAAGACACCUACUGCACCUGCCAGCUCAGGUUCCUUUCCUGUGGUCUCACCUCCAGUAAAUGAUAAUUCUCCUGUACAACCUGUCGGCAAGCCUCCUCUGCUGAUCAACAAACAGUCAGGUACUGCUUCUGAGUCCUCCAGUCAUGUCGGCAUGUUCCCCAGACCUGAGAGCAAAAAAAGUGGUCCAGUGCCGUGCCAUUAUUGCCCUAAAAUGCGGUGUCAGUCGGCUGUGAAAACCUGUCUGGUGUGUGGAGCCUCUAUGUGCACAGAGCACCUGCGUCCACACCUGGAGUCCCUUGUGUUCCAGAGUCACACCCUGGUUCCACCCAUGGAAGAUGUUUCCCUCUGGAGGUGUCAGGAGCACCAGGAGAUGAACCGCAUCUACUGUCGGCAGUGUGGAGUGUGUGUGUGCACUGUGUGUACGGUCAUAGGCUCCCACCGCGACCAUGUUUGCAUCAGCAUCAGGGAGGCAGAACGAGAUCUCAGGGCAAACCUUAAAGAUGAGAUCAAACAGCUGCAGGAGGCUGAACAGCAAAUGAAGAACAGAGUCACUGAGCUCACCCAGAAGAAAGAGGCCUUCAGAGUGGUUUUACGUCAGGCACAUUUGGGGGUGGAGCAGCAGUACGGGGCCAUCAGAGAGGCCCUGGAGCAGGAGGAGCAGGAGGCUCUACAGUGUGUGAAGAAGGAGGAGAGCAGGGUUCUGGGCGGACUGGAAGACAAACUUGGACACCUCCAGCGCUUUCUGCUCUCCAUCCACCAGGGCCUGCACACUCUGGAGGGGCUGGCUGAUGCCAAAGGAGAUAGAAGCAUCCAGGACCAGGCUUUCAUUAUGGAAUACAGCAAGGUAGCCCAAAUGUCUAGUGACAUUGGAAGUGUGGAGCAGUUCGAAGCUCCAGAAGAAGUGGAUCAGGCCCGGUUACAGUGUCUGCAGAGCUGGACUGAGAAACGGCUGGACUCUGUUGUGAUCACAGUGCCAGGCAAAGACAGAGACCUCUACAGGCUGCUCUAUGGUGCUGUCCUCAUCUUGGAUGCAGACACUGCCCAUCCUAAGCUGCGACUGUCUGAGAACAACCGUGGGGUGACCUACAGCGAAGCCCAGCAGACCUACACGGACCACGAGGCUCGCUUCAGCUCCUUCCCGCAGGUCUUAGCCUCACGUGCGCUGGAUGCCGGACGCUGGUAUUGGGAGGUAACUGUGUCCAUCGACGACGGCCGCUGGAAGGUGGGGCUGUGCGAGGGUCAGAUAGAGAGGAAAGGUCAGAAGGAUAGCUCUCGUCUGGGCUUCAACUCGUACUCCUGGUGUCUGGCCUGUGACAGGAGGAAGGUGGAAGCGCUACACAACAAGGCGUCCGUUCCUGUGGACGCAGACGGGCUGCAGAGGGUGGGGGUGUUUCUCGACUUCGACGAGGGUGUUUUAUCAUUCUUUAAUGUGACACCAGGGGGCAGUCUAGCUUUAAUGCAUUCUUUCAAGCACAGAUUUACUGAGCCUGUUUACCCAGCCUUUGCUGUGUCUAAAACACACCUGACCAUCUGUGAUCUGUUCGAGUCGUGAACUGUCGGAUUCAUAGAGAAUAUAUUAGAGCUCCGUGCCUUUUUUUAUACCUGAAAAUUCAUUCCGUAUAAAUGUGCCAUUGUAAAGUCUCUGGGAUAAGUUCUGUGCAUUACUUUCCUGCAUCCUUUUACUGUGAUUUAUUUUUUUUAAUCAGUUGAUAGUACUAGAAUUUAUCAUAUCAGCAAAGUUUUCAUGCAAUAUCACAGAUGUUAGUAGCAUAGUUGUUAGCAACAGUAUUUUAACUUUAAUAUGUUUUUAAUCAGAAUGAUCAAGGAAGUGUUUAUAUGGGUGGGAAACCACUUCUGGUGUUAAAAUAAUAUUAUGCUUUUUUAUGUCUGUUACCUGACUCCUCUUUGAGACCAACCUCUUGUCCUACUUCAGAAAUAAAAAUGUCAAGUUUCAAAAUAAAAUAAAACCUGUAUAACC